AUGAUUCACAGACAUGCUUUUGAAGCUCUAGAACGAACGGUGAAAGAUCUCAUGAAUGAGAGAAAGGACAAGACAAAGGAAAAAGCGUUUGGCGAAAAAACUCUUUUGUUUGGAGGAGAUUUUAGACAGAUAUUACCGGUAAUUCGUGGUGGAAGCCGAGAAAAUAUUGUCGAUGCUUCUAUUAGUAGGUCAAGGUUAUGGAAACAUUUCCAUGUAUUUGAGUUGUCUGUGAACAUGCGGUUGUUGAAUGGAAAUUGUAAUUCUGCUGAAAAACAAUCAAUAUCCGAAUUCAGCAAGUGGAUUUUGGAUCUUGGGGAUGGAAAACUACCAGCAAAAGCAAUAAAGGGUGAGGACGAUGAGCCAACUUGGAUUAAGAUACCCGAUGACCUGUUGAUUGAGAGUGGUGAAAAUCCCAUCGAAACUAUAUUUCAGGCCAUUUAUCCUAGACUGCUUGAUAAAAUUGAGGAUCAGGAUUAUCUAAGGAAGAGGUGCAUCUUAACCCCGAAGAAUGACAUUGUAGACCAAAUAAAUGACUACGUGGUUUACAUGCUUCCAGGUAAAGAGCACGGCUUUCUAAGUUCUGAUUCAAUUAGUCCAAAGUCGUACGAUUUUGAAAAUGCAGAGUUGUUAUACAACCAGGAAUAUUUGAAUAGUCAGAAACUAUCAGGAGUACCUAAUCAUGUGCUUCGAUUGAAGCUUAAUGUACCAGUAAUGCUUACAAGAAAUAUAAAUCCAAGUGCGGGUCUUUGCAACGGUACAAGACUUAUUGUUACCAGGAUCAUGGAAAGAACUAUUCAAGUUAAGAUUAUAACUGAAAGUGCUGCUGGUAAGAGUGCUGUAAUUUCAAGAAUAGUCAUACAACCAACAGAGACGCACCUGCCUUUUAUCCUGAGAAGGGCGCAGUUUCCUAUUAAACUCUAUGUUGCAGUCUCCAGAACAACUAGCCGAAGUGGAUUGAAAAUUCAAAUUGAUAAGACAAAGGAUAUCGUACCAGAAGGGUAUACUCAGAAUGUGGUGUACAGGGAAAUAUUCACAAAUUUACACCAGAAGCAUAAAACACACCAGAUCCAGGAAAUUUCAUCUGAUAGGAGUCACUUGGAAGGGGAUCAAGAAACCGAUGAAAAAUGA